AAACCAGAGCUCAGAGUUCACUUACUGAGCGAUCAACCUUCCCAGUACUCACUUUAACUCCAAAGUGAGUGCUACAGCUUUAGUGCAUAUGUCUGCUUCUGUGUGUAGUCAGUUAGCUUGAGGUUAGCUUGCGACCUGCUAACUGGUUAACGACACAUUAAAAACGGAUGCUGUAGAUUUCAGGGCCGUUUUCAUAAACGUCUGGUGGAGAAAUGAACCUCUCUAAGGUCCAGAUCUUUCUGGCAUGGAUUCUCAGUCUACUUGCCGGUCCAGUAUCCUGCUCAGAGGAUGAGACUCGUCUGGUGAAAAACCUAUUUACUGGUUACAACAAGGUGGUUCGUCCCGUUAACCACUUCAGUGAAGCUGUAGUGGUCACCGUGGGACUGCAGCUAAUACAGCUUAUCAGUGUGGAUGAAGUUAACCAGAUUGUGACCAGUAAUGUCCGUCUCAGACAGCAAUGGCUAGAUGUGAACCUGAAGUGGAAUCCAGAUGAAUACGGAGGUAUCCGGAAGAUAAGAGUCCCUUCAACCGACAUAUGGAAACCUGACCUGGUGCUAUACAACAACGCUGAUGGUGACUUUGCCAUCAUCCAUGAAACUAAAGUCCUGUUGGAGUACACUGGGAUGAUAACAUGGAACCCUCCAGCCAUCUUUAAGAGUUACUGUGAGAUUAUCGUCCUCCAUUUCCCAUUUGACCUGCAGAACUGUAGCAUGAAACUGGGAACCUGGACAUAUGAUGGAAAGCUGGUCGUCAUCAAUCCAGACAGCGAUCGGCCUGACCUCAGUAACUUUAUGGAGUCGGGUGAAUGGGUGUUAAAGGACUACAGGAGCUGGAAACACUGGGUUUACUACACCUGCUGUCCCGACACACCAUACCUUGACAUCACCUACCAUUUUCUGAUGCUGCGGCUGCCUCUCUAUUUCAUCGUCAACGUCAUCAUUCCCUGCAUGCUGUUCUCUUUUCUCACCGGACUGGUCUUCUACCUGCCUACUGACUCCGGUGAAAAGAUGACUCUCUCCAUCUCUGUCCUGCUGUCUCUGACUGUCUUCCUGCUGGUUAUUGUGGAGCUGAUCCCUUCCACUUCCAGCGCUGUGCCUCUCAUAGGGAAAUACAUGCUCUUCACUAUGGUGUUUGUCAUCGCCUCCAUCAUCAUCACCGUCAUCGUCAUCAACACACAUCACCGCUCGCCCAGCACGCACACCAUGCCCGCCUGGAUCCGCAAGGUCUUCAUCGAAACCAUUCCCAACAUGAUGUUCUUCUCAACAAUGAAGCGUCCCAGUCAGGAGAUCCGGCAGAAGAGGUUGUUCCCUACUGACAUGGACAUCUCUGACAUCUCAGGUAACCCCACCCCCACCAGUGUCACCUACCAGUCUCCCAUCUCUAAAAACCCUGAUGUCCGCAGCGCCAUUGAAGGGGUGAAAUACAUCGCUGAGACCAUGAAAUCAGACGAGGAAUCUAACAAUGCAGCAGAGGAGUGGAAGUUUGUUGCCAUGGUUUUGGACCACAUCCUGCUCUGUGUUUUCAUGGCCGUGUGCAUCAUCGGGACACUUGCCGUCUUUGCUGGGAGACUCAUCGAGCUCAACAUGCUGUAGAGGCCUGACCCACGAAGGAGUACGUCUGUUGUCAGAGCAGUCGUCACACUUGGAGAGGCACUCUUGUGUCACCUUUGAAUGUGCAUGUUUGUAUUUAAUGAAAUUGAGACUGCAGUAAAGCUUGCAUCUUAAAGGCAUGAUUGUGAUCUACAUGGGUCAUACUUGAA